UCUUAGGCUACCAAGAUAAUUAUCGGUAAAUUUGGCACCACUUUCGCACGCCAAGAUCUAAACAGAUUACCAAAUACGUUCAUUUUUGCUUUUGCGCUAUCCCACGAACCAUUUCUUUUAAGAGACCAUGGUUACAAACAAGCUGUAUGAUUGAUGAAUCGAACCACUAAGCCGCACAUGUAUGAAAUGAGAUAGCAAGAAUUCGCGUGGUAUUUAUCGACUAAUCUAUUCGAGGACUUUGCCAAGACAAGGAACAGCGUUAAAACAAGACUUUAGAAACGGUCUAAGGGAAACUGUGUGUCAUCUGUGGAACCGUUUGAGAAAUUUAAAGAGUCCACCAAACAGCGACGUUUCCUGUUGGAUUUUAUUUCAGUUCGGCAAAACGUUCAAACUGGCCUUCUUCCCUGAAGACAACGGAAAAGAUUCAAAAGGCCUCGUUUUCAGCUUAGUUCAAAGAGGCAUCAGCUUGUUUUUUUCAUGAUGAUUUGCGAUCGAUGAAAGGACUUCGAUUGAACUGAUAUGGAAAGUAAGUAGGGCUUUGGUAAGAAUUAUUUGGAAUCGAUUUUAACGAUUAGAACCGACGAACUUCCGCUCGGAGAACUCGGACAGUGAAGAAUGUCAAACCGGACGAUCACGCGUAAAGGGGACCUGUCCAUCUUUAAUAGAGAUCCUCCCUCGUGCUUCUCUAAUCGUGUGGCAAGAGUUCGCCGUUGUAAUAGCUUGGAAGACAGACGACUACAGGACCAACUUCGAUCGAUACACUUAGAACACGUGAUAAGAAAUCGCAACAUCUUCAAAGAACAGCAAACACUUGUAAAGCAAUUGAAUGGUAUUCAAACAGUGCGGGAAACACCGCAAAUAGGACUAGAAAGGCGGAGGUUACAACAGGUCAGUCCUGUGUAUCCCAAUUUAGCACAGCGAAGCGGAAACUCGACUAAAUUAGUCCAUGAACGGGCUAAUUCCGCCCAGCCACCUUCGGUAAGAAGCCAUUCACCGUCCCUUGCUACGCAGUGCAGUGCCGUCACGCCAUUCCCCAGUCCAGAUUGCAGGUGUAGUUACACAGGACACCGUAUGCGUCGGUCUCAUACUUUAACAACAAGUCCGCAUGAAACGUUCAAAAGAUCAGCCACAGUUCCUUUAUUCACAUCGUUCGGCGAAUUAAGAGAAAAUUCGGGUCCGAGUUCAAUGCAUUUAACAGACUUCAAGGAAGACCACGAUGAAUUAGCAAACCCGUUAGCAGCGAGGACACAUAUCGGGUUGAAAUCCUGUCGGUUGCCAAUUAUUGGCAAUAAAUAGCGAAAUCUAAUCCCUUCAUCUUUGAUAAUAUUAUAGUCUUCUGUUUCCAAAUUUACCAGUCACCAUUGUAGCCGAAAACCUGUGACAAAAGCACUCGGCAGGAGUCAAAGCUGUGAGACGUCUGUUCCCGUCCAAUUUCUAACAACAACAGCUUUAUGUAUGUCUUAUUCCUUUGAAUAAGCCUCCGUGUACAAGUCUUGUAUUGCUGUUGCUUCAUAAGUGUGGGACGCAUUGAAACGCUGGCUAUAAAAGCCAUAACCUCUUUGAAGCCACAGGAAAUAGCCAUUGAACCACUGGUUGUUUGCCUUCAUUGUACACACAUAGCAAACCCUCUCGGGGAUUUGAUGGCACCACAGAAAUUAAUGAUAAACUGGCCCCAGCUAAGGCCAUCAAAAAAUGGAUGCCACUUGGGUGUUAAUUACAUAUCAUUCUAGCCACUGAAAGAUGGAUAUAAAACUGUUACCAUGUAUAUAAAAUGAUUUAUCAAUGAAGACUGAGACCUUGAGGUUCCACAGAAGCUGCUCAAAUAGAGAAGUUUUAACUUUUUAGAAAAUUAUGCAUGUAUACAUAUAUCUAAAAAUUGGAAUAAAAUAUUUUGAUAUGCUGCAAAAUUACUGCAGACCUACAAAAGUUACUUACUUAACCAUCAUUCCAAUGAAGCAAAUUGUAAGACCGAAAGCCCCCUACACAAACGAAGAUUGUUAGGUUAUCAAUGUUACAACUUCUCUACAUAAAGAACAACUGAGAGAUGAAGUAGCCUUAUGAUUAGUGCACUGGACUCAGGGUCAAGUGUUAGGGUUGGAGACCUGGCCAGAUGAAACACUCUACUCUCACAGCGCCUAUCUCCACCCAGGAGCAUAAAUGGGUACCGGCAAAUUGCUAGGGAAGCCUGAUGAAAUGCCAGAGGGUAACCUCAUGAUAGACCAGCAUCCUAUCCAGGAGGAGUACUGAUAGUUCUAGCCACUUCAUGCUCAGGAAACCGAGAUGAGUCUUAGAUGGGUUGGGCCACUUAGCUCAAGUAUAAGACUCUACCUACCUUUUACAGAAAGAAAAAUGACAGAAAAACAAAAAUAGAAUAAAAAGUGAAGAAGCCUCACCAGAAGGAGCUUCUACUUGCACAAUAUCAGUCCUGCCUUGCUUUGAACAUCAUGACGAUAUUUCCCUUGCUGGAAAAUCACCCUCCCUGCCCACAUCUAAUAUUUCUAUAAAGCCAUAAAUAAAUAACAGAGGCCAUGCUGUAAUUAAGGAAAUAAAGGGAAGGGGGAGGGAAAUUGGGAAUGAGAAAUGCUGUACUAAUGAAGUACUGAUCCUGCCUGGUUAUGAGAUUCAGCUUUCUAAUACUUCCAUAGAGCAUGACUUAAUAUCUCUUUCUCUUAACCUCGUGUUUUGUGUGGGACCAAGAUUGAUCUGACAAGCUUACUGCCUCUAAAUACCACACACUAAAGCACUGCCACAAUUGGAGCACACAAAUAAAACUGGACUUCAUUCAAAAUUAGCAAAUACAACUAAACUUCUUUAUUAUCAUUACAAUCGUUUAGGAAAUUCUGUUUUAGUAAAAUACAAGUGUCCACAAUGAGAGGUGCCAUGCUCAGCAAGACUUUUCUUUCUUGAAAAUUGUUAUAGUGUGGCUGUUGUUUUUGUAGAUGGUUUCUCUGGUCAUGUACUUCUUGUCAUACAUAAAUUCCAACCCAGAGUAACAGGAAAAGCACUCCAAAUCCCAUAAAUAGAGAUGCCACUAAUGAGACCAGCAGUUCCUUGUAGAUAUCUCUACUGUACUUGGUGGAAGUGACUUCAUA